AUGGCGAUACAACGCGUGCUGUUGCUGCCUCUAUUAGCACUCUUUAGUGUCAUUCUGACACUAAUCUUUCUUGUAGAUAUUAUCACUACAAAAAACUAUCAAUCGGCAUGUGAAAUGACAUGGUCAUGGCCCGUAUACACGCCCGUGACGUGGCGUUCAGUGCCUGGACAUUCAAAAUACCAGUUUUACCGUGUAGAUAUGAAAGCCCCACGUGAUUCUCUAUCUGGUGUCCCUGUUCUAUUCCUUCCUGGUCAUAUGGGAAGUUACAAGCAAGCACGUUCAUUAUCUCGUCAUUUCUAUGACAUUGAUGAGCAUCUUUUUGAUUUCUUUGCUCUUGAUUUCAAUGAAGAACCGACGGGACUUUGUGGCAAUUACAUUACUGAUCAAGCUGUAUAUCUGAAUACUAUUGUCCGAGUUCUUCUUCGUGAAUACAAGAGACAGAAGAAACGAAACAAGCAGCAGCUUGUGAUUCCUGACAGUGUCAUUAUUGUAGCCCAUUCCAUGGGUGGCAUUGUCGCACGUACGGCGGAAUUGCUGCCAAAUUACAAGAAACAUUCCAUUCAACAUGUUGUGGCAUUAGGUGUGCCUUAUGAUCGACCAUCUUUUCCAUUUGAUCCAGAAAUGAAUGCUGUGUAUGAUAGAAUCCAAUCAAAGAGAGACAAACAAGACGACGAUGUGGUCUAUGUGUCCAUUGCAGGGGGACAUAAGGAUACAUUGGUACAAACGUCAUGGACUAGCGUGGACACUGUAACAGAACCUUCACGUGCCUUUGCGAUGCUGACAUCAGCAAUUCCAGCGGUAAAGACGCCAGUGGAUCAUUUCUGCUUGUUAUGGUGUCAUCAGUUGCUCAAGGUUAUAGCACAGAGUUUGUACAAAGUAGUAGAUCUUGAGACAAAGGAGCUGGUACAUAGUCCAAGUGCGCGACUUGCAAUUGCAAGAGAGACGUUGUUUGAUGGAGAGAAUGCAGAAGAUGGUGUGAAGAUUGAGACCGUUGCAAAUAUCUCAUUGCAUCAAAGUUACGUGCAGGAUGGCUACUACCCCGGCGAGUACACAGGAUAUGCGCUAUUACUUCCACAGUUUCUGACCAAACUGCUGCGCACUAGAUUCAUGACGGUGAUUGUGAUAAUGUAUGCUUUGACGUUGCAGAUUUUCUACGCGCAAGUUGCACAGUGGCAGACCCGCUUCAACUUGCAGUCGAUAUCAUCUCGCCAAGAUUUUAGCCAAGAGAACUUUCCAGCAUUUACGUCGAUGCUUCACCCUGUAGCACACGCUCCUACCUUUGUCAAGCAUGGUUUGACAUUUCUCUCAAACAGAAGAUCCACUGUCGGCUCGAGCAAGACAACAGCAGCCGUUGCUGUACUCACUCUCGCUAUAGCGGCUGGGGCAAGUUACUUUGGCUAUGCCAAGUUGAUGUUUGAUGAACAGCUGACGAUAAGUCUGGUUGCUGCUGCAUCGAUAUUUGCUGAGUUCAUGAUUCUCUACGCAUAUGCGCUAGGCUUGUUAUACGCGGUCGCAAAAAUCUUUUCGUUGUUACAGCGUUUUAUUCUAACACCAGUUGUGUCGACCCUAAACCGCGUGACUACUCGACUCAAGCUUCGCAGUUGGAUACUUGUUAUUAUGAUCCACGGGACUGCGCAGCUUAUUGGACAAACUGCGAGCUCGUCGUCUGUGAAGGUGUCCAGAAUAUUGGCUCUGCUGGUACUCGUAUCAUUCUUGGUUUUUGUUUUGUAUAUGCUGGCCCUCGGUGGUAAUACUGACGGAACCUUGGACCAGCAACGUAUGAAACGUUCGUUGUUUGCCGUGUUGUUGCUGUCCAUAUUCCCAUGGGUCGGAAAGGUGGCGUACUUUGCUGGAAUUGUGCGAUUACCGCCGCCAGGUAUCUCAAAUAAUCUGCUGAUCGAAGGUGGAUCCUAUAUUGUAAUUUUGAACGUGUUCACGCUCCUUGUCAGUCUAUCGCUUGACUGUAUGAUUCCACUGCCCCCGACGGCAUUUUUUGGGGCUUCAUCAGGACAAGAUGCUGCAACUGUGUACGGAAAAUCCUCGAGUAAUUCAGCCAAUACCAUUAAGAUCACGGCUGAAAAUUGUCCGAAGUGUGUUUUUGAGGAUGGCGGUCCCGGGGCUGUUCUUGUAGAAUUUAGUGACCAAACAACGCGUCGCGUUAUGGCGGGCAAAAGUGGUGAAGUGGUGUACGUGGGCUUAACAUUCCGUGUUGUUUCGUGCGAUUGCGUGUACCGAUUCAAGAACUCACGGGACUUUUGUGACUUUUGUAUCCGAUCGUGCCGGUUGUGCGGAGGUGGAAAUGGAAAUUUCCAGGAGGCUGCCAAGUACAAAGACUUCCUGGAAGCGAGCAAGGCAGACUUGACAAUGCAUGCUCUUGUGCCAAUGAUUUUUCAGAUUUGUGCUGCUGUUCAGGCCACUUAUGGCUUGUCCCGCGCUCAUUUAUCUUUCUAUCUCACGCUUGCCUGUAUUGUAGCGCUAGUGGUUUAUCACACCAUGCUUCGCCACCCAAUCGAGGCUCGGCGCAUCAAGAAUAAACAGCGCAAAAAGUCGGCAAAGAAGCAAAAGCCGUCAAGCAAGACCAAGAUCAAGUCGACCACGGCGAGUUGUGACGCAUCGGCGACAGCCAGAACCGCGACAACCGACGCGGCCACGUCUCGCAACAAAAAGAAAAAGAAACGCAAAGCGGGUACUUCGUUUGCUUCCUCUGCAAUACAUUAA